AUGUAUUCCAAGAAAGAAAUCAAGAUCCUCACUCUGCUGGGGAUCGACACCAUCUUCUUCCUUCUGGAGAUCAUCGUCGGAUACGCUGUCAACUCGCUGGCCCUGAUUGCAGACUCUUUCCACAUGCUGAACGAUAUCAUCUCGCUGCUGGUGGCGCUUUGGGCCGUUAACGUUGCCAAGACCAAGGAGGCCGACGCCAAGUUCACGUACGGCUGGCAGCGUGCCGAGAUCCUGGGUGCGCUCAUCAACGCCGUGUUCUUGCUUGCCCUGUGCUUCACCAUCUUCAUCGAGGCCAUCCAGAGAUUUAUUGCACCGCAGGACAUCACCAACGCAAAGCUCAUUCUAAUAGUCGGCACCUGUGGCCUGGUGUCCAACAUCGUGGGGCUGUUCCUGUUCCACGAACACGGACACUCUCACGGAGACGUCGGCGGACACUCACACUCGCACCACGAGGAGGAGCAGGCGGACGACUCCGACAUUGAGCACAUGCUACCGCAGGUCGUGGUCAACAACUGGGAGUACGACAGCCCAGACGGCCACAAGACACACAACCAUGUGACCAACAGAGGUUCCAAGAAAACCUCCAAGUCGCUCAACAUGCAGGGCGUGUUUUUGCACGUUAUGGGGGAUGCUCUUGGAAACAUUGGCGUCAUGGCCACCGCCUUAUUCAUCUGGUUCACGGACUAUUCCUGGAGAUUCUACGCCGAUCCGCUUGUUUCUCUGGUAAUCACAUGCAUCAUCUUCUCCUCUGCGCUGCCGUUGUGCAAGUCGUCGUCCAGAAUCCUGCUGCAGGGCACUCCGCUGUCUAUCGACUCCGAGCUCGUCAUGGACGACAUUCUGAAAGUCCACGGUGUGAUUUCCGUCCACGACUUCCACAUCUGGAACCUGACCGAGAGACUGCUCAUUUGCUCGCUCCACGUCGACCUCAGCGUCUCGCCGGAAGAGUUCUUGGAUGUGGCGGCCACCAUCAAGCAGUGUCUCCAUGCGUACGGCAUUCACAGCGCGACGAUCCAGCCGGAGUUCUCGCAGUACUACGCCAAGAUCAACAAGCUGCCUAAACGGUUCUCGUCCGAGGCAGACCUGCACAACCUUGCAGACUCCGAGACCGCGGGACUGCUGACCCACGAGCACCGCUCGUACGGCUCUGCCGUGCCGGCUCCGAACGGCCAGAUCGGCUGUAUAGUGGACGCUGCUGUGAACUGCACAGCCGAGAACUGUGUGAAGCACUAA